AAAAAAAAAAAAAAAAAUCCUGCUCAACAAAAGGCAGGAAAGUGCCGUUUGAAAAACGCUAAGCCGUAUCCAAACAAUCGUGUUUGACAGAGAAGGAGAGAUCGCAUCCCAAAACAACUCCAAACACACAACAAGGCCGCGUUUGUUCAUUCAAUCUUAUCAAUAUGGCUGAUCCUGAAUUAGAAGCAAUCAGACAAAGAAGAAUGCAAGAGCUCAUGGCUCAACGUGGCAUGGGUAGUCAACAAAACAAUGAGCAGCAGAAAGCACAGGAAGAGGCCCAGAGGGAGGCAGAUGAGCAAAGGCAAAUGAUGCUUAGUCAGAUUUUGUCAUCCGAAGCACGUGAAAGACUUUCUCGAAUUGCUUUGGUGAAACCUGAGAAAGCAAGAGGAGUUGAGGAUAUUUUACUGAGAGCUGCUCAAAUGGGCCAAAUAGGUGAGAAGGUUUCUGAAGAAAGGCUGAUAUCAUUGCUGGAACAAAUUAACACCCAAAACAGCAAACAGACCAAAGUCACUAUCCAGAGGCGCCGGAGUGUUUUGGAAGAUGAUGAUUAGCUUUAAUCCAAUCUUGGCCCUAUAUUUUGUGUGAUAAAAUUGUGUUAUGUUGCUUGUAUAAUCAGUGUGACCUGUGUAACCAUUCUCAACCGGAUUUCUUGCUCGACAUUGCAUUCUCUAUCCGACUCCAUCCAAAUUCAUAAUUGAGACUUUUAUAUAUCUAUGUACUGUUGAAUUUUAACUUUCUGGUAAUGAAUUCUAAACUUUGUUAAGACAAGUGAGGUGAGGUUAUGAGUUAAUUUGAUUGUAUGAGAUUUGAUUGAGAAAUAGAUGGUUGAAUGGUUUUGUUUGGAG